CUUAUAGGCCUAACUUGUCUUUUUUGUUUUGGUCAUAAGUUGUCAGUUGUCUAGUUGAGGAGGGGACCUUGAGGUGAGGUUCCGAAGUUCUCAGUGCAUCUCUUAUCCUGCGAUCCACUGUUGCUUCCAAAGUGCCUUUUAAUUCCAUUCCCGCUGUCAUCCUCCAGUGCUUCAAAUUUGUAUAUUAAUGGAGAAGUUCCAAAGUGCCAGAAUAUAGUCUUCUAUAACAGACUGAAAGGGGAUAAUUCUUUCGAUUGAAUUUGAAUAAGGGGAAUGUUAGCAGGCAGCUCAUCUGUAACAGAGAGAGAAAGAGAUGAGUCAGCUAUUGGUUCCUCUUCGGGGAGCUCUCUUUCUUCAUAAUUCAAUCUUUUAUGAUCGUUCUGUCGAGCCACUGACAUUGCUUCGACAUGGGUCUCGCUUGUAUAACGGAAAUUAUGCUGGGUGGAAUGGACGUCAUGGUCUUCGGUCGUUCUCUCAAGGGACUCGGGAACUGAUAGAGAAGUUCUCAGUUCGGUCCGAGGAAAACAUAUGUGAUGGAGGACAACUUGAUACCAUUCCACAUGUCCUAACUCUUAGGGAGUAUCCCAAAGAAAAGCUUUCUGGAAAGGUUGUAUUAGUCCGCUUUGAUUCUACCCUUCUUCUUGGGGAACCACUGGACCUUAAGAUAUCAUCAGUCAACGAAGCCCUUUUUACUAUCAAGUACUUAUAUGAUGCCGGUGCGAAAGUUUUACUAGUCAGUAACUGGAACAGUCCAAAUAAUCCAAUGUUUCUCUCAGCAAAGUCUGUUGCAGACUAUUUGUCAUCACUUCUCCAACUCAAAGUGGUACCAACAAAUUGCAUUUCUGGUUACAUGCAGUCUAGAGUCCAAGAUGAGGCAGAUAUUCUUCUUUUUGAGAAUCUCUCCAAGUUCAGAGAAGAACUUGCCAAUUGUUUUGUGUUUGCUGAAAAACUAUCAUCAGGAGUUGAUAUCUUUGUCAAUGAUGCUUUCUCACAAUCUCAUAAGAUCCUUGCCUCAAAUGUUGGUGUUACUCGCUUUUGCGCUGCUUCUGUUGCUGGUUUCCAAUUUGAAAAGGAUCUAUUUCGACUAAUAGAGGCCACAAUGUCCAAAGAAACACCAAAUGUUGCGAUAAUUGGAGGUGGAAAUAUCCUUGACAAAGCACCUGCGUUGCAUUUUUUAGCUUCAAUAUGUGAUGGCUUGGUUUUUGUUGGUUUGAUGGCUUUCCAAAUAAUGCAUGCAUUAGGACAGCCUGUUCCUUUGAAUUUGGUUGAAAGAAGUACAACUAAAGAUUCCUUGAAGAUAAUUCAGCUUGCACAAACUAGGAAUAUACCAGUUUUAGUACCAAAAGAUUUUUGGUGCAGCAGUGGUAGUUUUCCAAAGCAUUUGGACCUAUUUCCUGCCCAUGGGAUCCCUGAAGGUUGGUCACCUGUUGGUCUAGGGCCAGUUUCACUGGAUGAAAUUGCCUGUUUACUUUCAAAGUGCAAGAAAAUUUUGUGGAUUGGUCCAGUAAAAUUCCAGACCUCAGAAGAGGAUACACAUGGAGCUUCUAAGUUGGCAAUGAUGCUUACAGAACUUGGUAAAGAUGUCUGCAGUGUGUCUGUUGUUGGGAAUGCAGCAUGCAACAUAAUUAUGAAAACAUCAAGAUGUCCUUCACUUUACAAUAUUAUUGAAAAUGCUUCAGUUGUAUGGGAAUUUCUUAAGGGAAGAAAGCUUCCUGGAGUCACAGCUUUAGAUAGGGCAUACCCUUUUGAUAUUGACUGGGAUACUAUCCUCUAUGAUCCAACUCAACCUUUGAUAGUUGAUAUUGGAAGUGGAAAUGGUCUAUUUAUCUUGGGCAUGGCUAGAAAACAGAAACAAUUCAAUUAUCUUGGUCUGGAAAUCAAUGAUAAGCUUGUAAGGCGUUGUCUCAACUCUGUUCGUACAUAUGGCCUGAAGAACGUAUAUUUUAUUGCAACAAAUGCAACAUCCACAUUUCGCUCCAUUGUUUCAAGCUACCCUGGGAAAUUGAUUCUUGCUUCAGUACAGUGCCCAAACCCUGAUUUCAACAAACCAGAACACAGAUGGAGAAUGUUACAGAGGUCACUUAUUGAAGCAAUAGCAGAUCUACUUGUGUCUAACGGAAAGGUGUUUUUGCAAUCGGACAUAGAAGCAGUUGCAUUGAGAAUGAAAGAACAGUUUCUGAUUUAUGGCAAGGGUAAACUUGCCAUUGUAGAAGAUGAUAUGAAGGUUGGUCAAGGAGGAUGGUUAGAGGAGAACCCCUUUGGUGUUUGGUCAGAUUGGGAACGACAUGUCAUCGACCGCGGAGAUCCCAUGUACAGAUUAAUGAUUUCAAAAGUUGAUUGAUGCUGCGCUAUUUUAGUUGGCAGAUCCAGAUGUUAAUACUGGAGGUGAUCAUGGUAUCUUACAGUGGUUCUAACAAGGAUGUGCUUCAUACAUCUCAAGAUCAAUAUGGAGAGCCAUUUAAUUAUGCUAAACAAUUGCAGGAUGUACAUACUUCUCCAAGCCAGCUGGUAUGAACAUCCAAAUUGUAUUACACAAUGGAUAUUACAUUAAACAGAAUGGAAUGGCAAAAACAGGAUUCAUGUAGUCAACCCCAUAUACUUGGGAUAAGGCGAUGAUGAUGAUGAUCUGUGGUAACACUGAAAAGAAAUUUUACAUGUUCACAAUUUUACCUUUGAUCA